AUGGCAGAGCAACCUCCACCAGAAAAUGAUCCAAAAAAUAAGCGCUAUAAACUUCCUCAACAAGGCCCACAAGUAGUUACGAACAAAAGACCUCUUACCGAGGAAGAAAAACUAAUAAUCGUCGAAUAUUUCCAUAAAUGGGGUAAACAAUGGACAAAAAUUGCUAAGCUUAUAGGAAGGAAUGAAAGUACUGUUAGAAAAUGGUAUGAAUCCUUUAGGAGAACUGGUAGAAGUCAUAAUCCACCAGGAAGAAUUCCAAUGAUCGGUGAGCCUAUUAUUGAACAGGUUCUUAUGAUUUCUUCCAAUGAACCAUCAUUAACACUUGAAGCAAUUUCCAAGAAAGUCGGAAUUUCAAAAAGUUCAGUUCAUAACAUCCUUCACCAGAACGAUGUUAAGUAA